AUGCCACAGCAACCCUUGGACUUAGAUGAAAAAUUCUUCAUCACCAUCCAUAACAAGUGGAAGAAUAUCUUCCCAGGGGACUGUGCUGUUGCUAAGUUAUCGGACAAACCAUUCAUCAGCAUAAGCAACCUGCAUGGUGGAUUGGCGUGCCUCCUCAUCUCACCCACAGCCGUCAUCAUAUGCAACUUCAGCCCACUCACCACACAAGCUGCCGGGCGCCAGGUCUUUGCGAAAUUGAAGAAAGAGCGAGACAAAUACAAACAGGAUCUCCGCUGUGACGGGUCUUGUCGUUCUCGACUGAUUCUCCUACCAGAUGAAAAAGGAGAGGGAGCUCUUAUUGUUGAUGCAAGGGGGAUACAUCAGCCCGGCACGAUUGUUUUAAUUGAUGCAGAGGAGGUGUGGAACAUGACAUGGGUUGGGUAA